UCUUCUUUUUGGUAGAGAAGGGGGCUCGUUAUGUUACCCAGGCUGGUCUCAAACUCCUGAGCUCAAUCAAUCCUCCUGCCUCGGCCUCCCUAACUGUUGGGAUUACAGGCGUAAACCCCCGCGCCUGGCCCUGAAUUCAUUCUUUAAUCCAGUCCUCCAAUGGGACGAGCACACUGUUCCUGCCACGAUCCCCAUUCCCCAUCAUCAGCCAAAGUCAGGAGUAAACAACCUGGUGGGAAGGCAGUUACCUAGGAGAGGGCUUUCACCACCUGCUUACUGACAGAGUUUAACACUUAAUACACAUUCAGCCUUCCCAUCAUGUCAUUCUGCCCUGGAACAAGGAGCAAAGAAUUGGCUGUGGGUUCCCUGCUAAGCUCUUGUUACUCGACUUCCUUAUUCUGUAGAAUGGGCACACGAUGAGCAAACACCCUCUCUGAGAGAAACCACUGAUAAAGCUCCUUAUGAGCAAUCUGGGAAUGACAGAACCCCUGAGACCUUGAGCCCCACCCCAAGAGCACCCGGAAAUGGGUUCCUUUCCGAGCCCAGCACGUACGUGCCCGCGGGUUCCUCUGCCAGGGCGUGGUUGGCCAGACUCUGCCAGGCCCGUUCGCAGGUCUCCAGCGCCGCCCGAAAGUCCAGGUGCACUACCAAGAGGUCGGCCGCCUCCUCCAGCAGGUCCACCGCCGGUGCCCGGGCCCGGGCGGCGCGCACCGGCUCGCUGCUGCGCAGGGGCCCCCCGAGCCCCCGGAGGGGGCCUGCAGAGAUGGAGGAGUCGCUCUUCAUUACUAGUCCCGGCCCAGGGCCCAGCUCCUCAGACGUCGGAGUGACCGCCUCUCCGGAGGCUCCGGGAUAUGCCAAGUUGGCCUGAGCGAAGAGGGAAAGUCUUCAUCUCCUUGCCCACACCCCCUCCCGAGAUCGAUUCCCGGAGAAAGAAAAGGAAGGGGCCUGAGGCAAAGGCUGGGCUCGCCUGGCGGCUGGGGAAGCAGUUUACACAUCGGAUUUGCAGGAUUCUUGCAUCCCUGAACUACCUGGCCCUAGCUUCUCCGGCCCCGCGACACGUGCAGGAACUGCCUCAGCAGUGGGAUCCUGGCUACGAACAAAGACUCUCAGCCGGCCGCCCCACAACGGUGCGGACAUCUUUCGCGCUCGCCCCGCCCCGCCCCGCAGACGCGCGGCGGCGCGGGGUGCUCUGGGAGUUGUGGUUCCCCAGCUCUCGGCUCUAUAAUAGAAUCAGGCGGGAAAGUGCGGACUACAACCCCCAGCACGCCGCGCCCCGGAAGCCGUCCCUGUCCCGUGAGAAAACAAACCGCUGCUACAGCUUCGGGGUGGGGAAGUCGGGGCAGGUGGACCGCUCACAACACCGAAGCUGUCUUGUGAAAUGGAGGGGUCCUCACUAGCCAGUUCCAGCGGAGGCUGACGGAAGAAAUGCCAGCAAUGGAUGUGCAGCUACAUGCACGCUUCUAACUCAGAGCUUCUGCGGCGGUGGCGAUCAGGGAAUCUGUAAUGUCAGGGCUGAGGCAGAGCUGAUCGAACAUUCUGGCACCCUUAGUCUUGGACUGAUUCACACUUUCUCCGCGUUCCCUCCGGAGUUUUCUGUGGGGGGAUGAAUAUUGCCUGGUGAGGCUGAGGGAAUUAGGGCGGAAACCUUCACAAAGAGUACUAAGAAUAUGUUGGUCCAAAGGGCAGUGUUCCAAAAUGAACAGUGAACCCACCGACGCGGGGCUGGGGGCGCUGAACAUGGGGCCUCAUUUUGUCUCUGCUCUGUGCCCCACCCUGGAUUUGUUGUUAGAAAAAUCUGGGGUUAAAUGUAGACGCCAAUUCUACCUCCCCAGUGUUGCCACUUCCAAUCUGUCUUAUGUUUUGUAUCUCUCCUUAUUUAUCGCCAUCUACAUACUAAUGUCUAUGUUUUACUUAUUUUUUGUUGUCUCUUUCCUUCCACUGUGAUAUUAACUCAGGAAGGCAGACGUUUUUGUCUCUCGUUCACCGUGGGAACUUCAUGCCUUGAACAAUGCCUGCUACCUAUAGGUAGUAAAAAAAGUGUUUGUGGAAUAAAUGAAGUCCUGGCUUCACUUUUAUCU